UUGAAGAAAUAAUGUAAACUUCAAAAUCAAAAUAAUCGUUGUUUUCUAUUGAAAAUACACAGGCGAUGGAGCCAAGUCGCACAAGAGUUUGCAUUUGCUAUUUAAUAUCGACCUGUUUAAUUGCUUGCUUCAUUUAUAUAUUAGUAUCCAGCAAUUUGGAGAAUACUCGCAAAUUUGGCCGACUGCGUGAGGAGGUGGAUGAGAUUGCGCAUGUUAUACUACACACUGCGCCGGGUCAGGGCGAUGCGAAGCAUUUAAAUGAAAUUGUUGAUGGUAUUGUGAAAAAAAGACUCGCCGGCAUUUGGGAUGAUUUGUAUACAAUGAAGAAACAAUUGCGUCUCACCGAAUGUACAAAAGGACGCUCGCAGGGCUCGACGCAACAUACAAUGCCGGGUGAAGGCGAAGGUGGAGGUGGUGGGGGUGCUUUAAUGGAGCAUUCAAUGCCGGGUCGAGUCAACUACGCCGCCGAGGAACUAGGCGCCAAAAUACAGGAUGUUAAUGCAGAGCCAGUAGAUGGUGGUAAUGUAGUGCGUUCAGUAUUGGGCCUGCAAUAUAGCGCAAAUCCGCCCAUCAAUAUAAUAAAACCAAGUAUGGAGCCGGGUAAUUGUUUUGCUUUCAAGCAAUCUAAAGCGAUGGUUACCAUUAAGUUGGCACAGGCGAUAUUCGUGGAGAGUUUUGAGUUGGAGCACUUAUGUAAAGGCAAUGCGCCGAAUAAUGAUACAACAAGCGCGCCGAAGGACUUUGAGGUUCAUGGUAUCACAGCAACUUCAAAGAAGGAAACAAAAUUAGGUGACUUCAUAUACACAAAUCAAGAUCCGCCUGCCCAAAAUUAUGCUGUUAAGAGCGAAUGUAAAUAUCUUUAUAUCCGUUUCAAGUUCAAAUCGAAUCAUGGGCAUCCGCAGUAUACAUGCGUGUAUCGCAUUGCAGUCUAUGGGCGUAGUCAGAAGUGAGUGGCGUCCAGUGUACUUUGAAACAAUUGAACUAAUUCGAAACGGCUUUCAAGCGCAUUUUUUUAUUCAAAUGCAUCCAAAUAGUAUUUAUUAUGUUUUUGUCUCAGGUAAAAUAUUUCUUAAAAAAUGU